AUGCCAGGAAUCCAGUUAUCACUUGUGCAGCAGCAUGUUUCUCACCAGGGGAGGGCGUAUCUGGGGACGAAAGAGGUGCUGCAAGCGGCGGCAGACCAUUUCAGGGCUGCCUUCAAAGAAGUACCGCCGGAGGAGGCUGUGGACUGGGAGACCUUCUCGGAAGGCGCGAAACUUUCAGUUGCGGACGCGGCGUCGCUUGGCGCAGAGUGGACGGAAGCAGAGGUCAAGGAGGGGCUGGAGGGGCUGCCAAAGGGGAAAUCCCCAGGCCAAGACGGCCUGCCGGCGGAGUUCUUCAUUCUGCACUGGGACCUGCUCAAGGAACACGUGAUGGGUUUCGUCAGAGAAUUUGUGGAAACGGCGAGGAUGCCGGAGGGCAUCUCAACCGCUGUGACAGUUCUACUGCACAAGAAGGGGGAUGCAGACCAGCUGGGAAAUUACCGGCCAAUCACCCUACUUACAGUCAUGUAUAAACUGGUUACAAAAAUCAUGGCGACAAGGCUGAAAAGGGUGCUGGGAAAGGUGUUGUCGAAGGAGCAGCACGGUUUCUUGCCGGGGAAGAGCCUGGCGGACGCGGUGUCGGUGGUCGCGGAUGCAGUUGAAGCGGCCAACGGGGGGAGCGAAGACUGGCUGUUGCUGCUGGUGGACUUUCAGAAGGCAUACGAUACGGACUCGAGGGAUUUCCUCUUCAGGGUUAUGACGGAGCUGGGCAUACCGGAGAGCUUUGUCAGGUGGACCAAGGGCCUGCACGAAGAAGCAGGGACGCGAGUCAUCAUCAAUGGGUGGCUGAGCGAAAAAGUGGAGAUGAACAGGGGGGUCAGGCUGGGCUGCCCACUUGCACCAUACCUUUUCCUCUGCGCGCUGGAGCCACUGUGCAGAGAGGCGCAGCGCAGGGGAUUGGGUGUCGGGCCGGAAGGGAAGGAGCCGCUCUCGUAUGUGGGAUAUGCAGAUGACACCUCUUUCCUGCUGCGCGGAGAAAGGCAACUGCGGGAGGUGGUAGAGGUGCUGGACACGUUUGGCAAACAAUCAGGGUUGAAGGUCAACUGUGACAAGUCAGUGGUGGUUCCCUUGGGCUGCAACAGAGGGACUGCAACACCGCAAGGCAUGCCGUACAAGUGGUCAGAGAGAGAGGAGCCCGAAAGGCUCCUGGGAGUAUGGAUAACCCCCAACGGCGACACUGGCCCGUCCUGGGAUAAAGCAUACGAGAGGAUAAAGGAGGAGUUAAGGAAGUGGGAAGCACAGUAUCUCACGACGACAGCGAGGGUGGCGGUGACCAGCUGCUAUGUGUUGCCUGUGCUUAUGUUUCAAGCCCAGGUGUACUCACCACCGGAUGAGGUGUGGGAGAAGAUCAGGAAGCUCUGCCACGCAUUUGUCUCGGCCGGAGAAGUUGCGGAGGAAAAAAACUUCAUCCUCUGGAGCGCCUACCUUGCGUGUCUCCCGCGGAAGGAUGGGGGGCUGGGCCAGCUUGACCCGAAGCUCUGCCUGGACUGGCUGGCUGUUCGCAGAGUGGGUAAGCUCCUGAGCGAGCCGGACGGCACACGGCGGUGGCUGGCGGAGAAGGCGGCUGGCUUUCCACAGGGGUGGGCCACACUGUACGCGCACCCGUCGGCAAUCAAGCAGUAG